CGCGCCGCUGCGUGGGGACUGUGGGGAACUGGAGGCCGGUUGCUGCGUUUGGGAAGGCCAUGGGGCACGUCGCCGGGGAGCUCGGCUUGUCGCUGCUGUGGCUGUGGCUGCUGCUGUGCAGCUGGGGGUGCCUCGGUAGCGCCGAGCUGCGGGCUCCACCGGAGAAGAUCGCAAUUAUUGGAGCUGGAAUUGGUGGCACUUCAUCAGCCUAUUAUCUGCGGCAGAAAUUUGGGAAAGAUGUGAAGAUUGACCUGUUUGAAAGAAAAGAGGUGGGGGGCCGUUUAGCCACCCUGACUGUGGAAGGGCAAGAAUAUGAGGCAGGAGGUUCUGUCAUACAUCCUUUAAAUCUGCACAUGAAGCGUUUUGUCAAAGACCUGGGUCUCUCCACUGUUCAGGCUUCGGGUGGCCUACUGGGGGUGUACGAUGGACAGACUCUGGUGUUUGAGGAGAGCAGCUGGUUUAUAAUGAACAUGAUUAAACUAGUUUGGCGCUAUGGAUUUCAGUCACUCCGAAUGCACAUGUGGGUUGAAGAUGUGUUGGACAAGUUCAUGAGGAUCUACCGCUACCAGUCUCAUGACUAUGCCUUCAGUAGUGUAGAAAAAUUACUCCAUGCUGUAGGAGGAGAUGACUUCCUUGGGUUGCUUAACCGAACGCUUCAUGAAACCUUGCAGAAAGCAGGCUUCUCUGAGAAAUUCCUCAAUGAAAUGAUUGCUCCCGUCAUGAGGGUCAAUUACGGUCAAAGCACAGACAUCAAUGCCUUUGUGGGGGCAGUGUCACUGACUGCUGCUGAUUCUGGCCUUUGGGCAGUAGAAGGUGGUAAUAAACUUGUUUGCUCACGGCUCCUCCAGGCUUCCAACAGCAAUCUUAUAUCUGGCUCAGUAAUGUAUAUAGAGAAAACAAGGACCAAGCAGACAGGAAAUCCCACAAAGAUGUAUGAAGUAGUGUACCAAAGUGGAUCCGAGACCCACUCAGACUUCUAUGACAUCGUCUUGGUGGCCACUCCAUUGAAUCAAAAAAUGUCCAACAUUACUUUCCUCAACUUUGAUCCUCCAAUUGAGGAAUUUCAUCAGUAUUACCAACAUAUAGUGACAACUUUGGUUAAGGGAGAAUUGAAUUCAACUGUAUUUAGCUCUAGAGCCAAAAAUCAGUUUGGCCUGUCUACAGUUUUGACCACUGAUAGUUCAGACCUGUUUAUUAACAAUGUUGGGAUUGUGUCCUCUGUAAGAGAAAAGGACAGUCCUCAACCAUCAACAGAUGGAACAUAUGUUUGGAAGACUUUUUCCCCAGAAAUUCUUACUAAACAGCAAAUUUUUAAGCUCUUUUUGUCCUAUGAUUAUGCUGUGAAGAAGUCUUGGCUUGCAUAUCCUCACUAUAAGCCCCCGGAGAAAUGUCCCUCCAUCAUACUCCAUGAUCGGCUGUAUUACCUCAAUGGUAUAGAGUUUGCAGCAAGUGCCAUGGAAAUGAGUGCCAUCGCAGCCCAUAAUGCUGCACUCCUUGCCUAUCACCGCUGGAAUGGGAACACAGACAUGAUUGACCAAGAUGGCCUCUAUGAGAAACUUAAAACGGAGCUAUGAAAUAACAUUCUCGUUUUUCCUCUCCUGGUUCCCCAUGAGUACCACUGGCAAAAAAAAAAAAAAAAAAAGAAAAAAGAAAAAUCUGAGCAGAAAUGAUUUUGAAACAGAUAUUUUGCCAUUUUCAUCAUUUUACAAAGUAAUCCUGUUGUGUUCCAAGAAAAUUACAAGGUUUGGAUAACUCUUGCCCUUAUCCAUCUCCAAAAUUUCUUGCAAUAUCCAUUGGCAGUGAUGCCCAAGCUCCUGAGUAUAAGAAUCAUCUGGAGUUCGUUAAACAAGGGUUCUCUCUUUGAGAUUCUAAUUCAGUAGGUUCAGGGGUGGGACCCUGGAGUUUGAUCAAAAGUGUUUUAAGAUGAGUACUUGAGGAAGAACUUAAAGACAUCUUAGUUGGGUACUAGUUUAUUUGAGCUUCACAGCUGAAUAAAAUCUUUAGUUAGAUAAAACCACUCUGGAAGUUGGCUUAGUAAUUUAUAUGCCUUUUUGAUGUAAAUGCCUAAAACCUUGACUUUUGAUUGUUUAUGUUUUGAUUUUAUUAGGGGUAAAAUUCAGAAGUCAUAGAGAGUAUAAUCUUAAAAUUUAAAAAAAUGGCAUGCCAGGCAAACACUCUGUCACUGAACCACAACCUUCGUUCUAAUGUUCUCACUUGAAGAGCUUUUAAAAAUUACUGAUAGGCCCUCACAACUAGAGAUUAGGAGUUAAAGGACUGAGGAUACCAACUUGUCAUUUAAAGGAGGACUAAGGAUACCACCUUGUCAGUUUAAAGUUUCUAGUGUGCAACUAGAGAAGCACAGAUGGGGGAAUUAAAAUGUCUAUAAAGGGUUUUUAAAAAGUGCCUUAAAAGUAGUAAGAAACACAAAACAUCAGAGCAGAUCCAUUGCAAGGAAUCUCAAUGAGAACUUCAGAAUUAAUCUUGAUAGUAAGAAACACUGACAGCCUAACAGCAGAGGCAACUUCUAUAACCCUAGAGCACCUGGCAUUAGAGAGGAACAUUUAGAAUGCCACUAAACUUAACCAAGUUCAGAUAGUUUUGGAAUGUUAAAUGCAUCAGUUACUGUAGCACGUGAGGUGAAAAGUUGGUUGCUAAAAUCUCAGUGGCAGUGGCUCUCAACUUUGGCUGUUAGAAUCAACUGUAGGGCUUAGUGCUUCCUGUACACAACCAAACUUGAGAAUCAGUUCUACAUCUGCUAUAUGGAGAUCAUGAAUCAAUGUCAUAGUCACUGGUAGAAAAGAACCCAUAUAAAGCUUAUGCAUUAAUAAUAACUGAAACCAGGUUAAGUGCCAGAUUAUGGCAGUAGCUACUUUAGCAAAAUGAUGUGAGAAAAUGCUGACUCUUAACCAUUAUUUCUUCCCUACUAUGUCUCUGAAUACUGAUAUCUGAAAAAAACUGCCAAGAUAGUUGAUAUAGAGGCAGGAAUUAAGUUUAUCAUUUGUUGAAGGGUUAUAUUUUUUCUAAUUUUAUUCUUAUCAAGUAUGUUAAGAGGCAUUUAUGUUCUCCUUUUGUGGUUUUAAUGAAGACUAUUUGUAGUGAAUGUAACAUUGUUAUAUGCUUUGAUAGUCCCUCCCCCAUCUGAGGGAAAUUAUGUUGGAAUAUUCCUAGUGGAUUCCUGAAACUGUAGACAGUAUACAUAGCAAAAGACAGUCUUUUCCUAUAUAUCUAUACACAUAUAAAGUUUAAUUUAUAAAUUAGGCACAUUAGAUUAACAAUAAUCAUAAAAAAAUAAUAUAACAAAUGUUAUUUUAAACUUAUUUCUGUCAUUUUCCAUUUAGUACACUCAGACCGUGGUUGACUAAGGGUAAACUAAAAAUUGGAAAAUGAAACCACAGGUAUGGGAGGACUACUGUAAAUAUUGGUAAAUACUAAUGAAAUGGUUUAACUUUUAUCAUUUGUACACUUGUUUUACAAUGGGAUAUAUUUUUUCUUGUAAGAAUACCUAUUUAAAAUGUUUCAUAUCAAACCUACUGACUUAAAAUUCCAGUAGGGCAUCUGAAAUUGCUUCCUCAAAACCAAAACAGGUUCUAGCAGGAGUAUUAGGUAGUUUCAGUAUAAUUACAGUAUUAAAAAUAAUAGUUUUUUCUAGAAGAAAAAUUACUAUUAAAGCCUGCUAUUCCAGGCCCACUAGUUUUAAUGUAACUACAGCAUUAAAGAAUAAUUUUAUUAAAACAAAAAUACUAUCAGGUUUUGCUAUUCCAGGAGAUUAUUAUUAUUUUUUAAUGGAAGAGACUGGGAGAAAUGAUGUAGGGGUGGAACGAAGACAACUCUACUCCAGUGGUUCUCCAACUGAAUUAAGUAUGAUCUGUAGUGGGAUACAAAAACUUUUAUUUAUGUUCUAAGGUGAUGCUAUUGUUCUAGGAACCACACUUGGGAGAACUGGUUCUACAAGUUAGUUUGUAUGGCUGCAAAAAUUACCAGCAGUGAAAACAGAAAUGCUAAAGAAUAUACUGGACUUCUUGUCAACUCAUUUUACUGUGAUUUAGUUUGAUCUCUUUGGCUGUUCUUUUGUUUUAUAGUUUCUAUAAAUAGGAAAUACUAUAUCUAUACUCUUCAUUGUGUUAAAAAACUUACAUAUUCCCGUAUGUAUUCAUGUAUACAUAGUUUUAACUGAUUUGCAGGCUUUUUUCAGAUCAUAAAAAUAGGCCUUAAGCAUUUUCUUGGAAUGUUUAAGGUUAGGCUUAUAAUACAACCAUCUGUAAUAAACCUCUCAUUUGAGCUUGUGAGCCAUAAAUAAAAUUUCAUGAACUAGAUGAA